AUGGGCAUACACUAUUAUGAUUCCAGCCCCUUCCCAGCGCUGACAAUGGAGACCCGUCUGAAGCCAGCUCGAGCAGUCGCGAGCGCAGGCAUUCCAUGCUUAGUUUGGGCGGAGGACGCGCUCAGCUUUGCGCUCUUCGUACCCACCGAGCUGUUCGCAUUACAACUGCUCGUUCCUGACGAGGAUGUCGAGGAGGCCGCGCGUGCCAUCACCUCCGACUUGCCUUACAAACGAUUGGCAGCGCCACACCCGGACUGGCUCGACCACAAGUACAUUGAUCCCGACCAGUCUAGCUGUUUCCCCCGUGCUGUCCGGCUCGAGCUGACAACGCCACAGCUAUUGCGAAGUGAAGACGACCCCGUCGACAUCUACCUCCAUCCCUCCUCCUACUUCUCCUUCGAAGUCCGCGACCCUUCCCACUCCCUCUCCCUCGUGCCUCCGCUCUCGCCUGCCAACUCUGCCCUGCGCUUUCCCACACGGACGGCGUUCCUCGAUGCGGUCAUUGCGACCGUCCUCGACCCGCCUCUCGGCUUCCGCCACGGCAAGCUGGGGCUCAGGCUGGGGAGCUACGUCAGCUACAUCAACACCUACACACUGCGCGCGCGCCCGCGUGUCCUCCCGAACGGCGAUCUGGAGCCAGAGCAUGCGUCUGUGCUCGCGAGCCUCAGGCCGGAAAAUAGGCACUGGUACGAGGCGAAGGUCAGGGGCAAGUAUGACAGCUGGGUCGAGGAGGUCCGGGCUCGGAGAGCCGUGCUCGAGCGCAUCGGACGCCAGACCGAGGCGAGGAAGCCAUUUCCCAGGAACAGGUAUGAUAUCUGGAGACGGUGUGUGUCUGCUCCUUUGCUUGUUCGGAUCGGAUGUUCACCGCGGGUGGCAUAG